AGAACGACAGAAACGGGCGGAGACAGAGAACUGGGCGUGAAGACCAGGAAGUGGCGCGUGAACUGUAAACAGACACAUGGAGGUUCAGUUAAAGGUACAGGCUCCCCGCCGCUGUCACGGAGUAAAGCCAUUAAGGAGAAAAAGUCGGAAUAGCUGCACAAUGACUUCUGAAUGGUAGUGUUAUGAGCCUUCUGUCCGGAAGCACCCCUGCCCCAAAGAACACUGGUGCAGUUAGGGGAUGGCUUCAUCAAAGAUGGGGACCAACAGCUGAAGGUAUCACCAAUGUUCUGAGACCCUGUCUCCAGGUUAUGCAACACGGGAUGGGUGAUAACCCACAGGAGGAGGGGCACCUACAGUUGAAGCUGCUAGAACCAGGAAUGAGGGGCAACACUCUGGAGAGCCCCAAUUUUCAUCCUCCCCACCAGUUGAGCUCUCAAGGACGAGUUCAUAAAGAACACACCAGCGCCCAACCACUGAGGAACAUUGGAAAAGCUGGCUCUCCCCUAACGUGCUCAUACGAAGACGACAGCAGCAGCCGGAAAAAAGCCAAGCUUGCUGGUAGAAGCCAUGCUAGUCCAAACCUUGUCCCUCCCUUCUCUCAGAUGCUGGAACUACAGGGGAUGCCUUAUGGACAUGCCUUUCCAAGCCUGGAUCUCCACAGCCAGUGUUCCUUCAACAUGCCACAGUUCAGGAGGACUUCCAGUAACCUCGGGGAUGCCCACUCAGCACCAUAUGUACCCAUUUGUGCCCCUGCUGGACCCGGAGAGAAUUUGCUGCAAUCUCCAUCACUGAGCCACCCACUGAUGGGAUGCUGCCACCAAAACACCCACGAAUGCCUGCGUCUCGAGGACAGCGGCAGAGUUACGGCUCUCUACGCCGAGUUGAUCAGAGAACUAGAGCGGCAGAUGGUGGAGCUGCGGAGGAUGCUGGCUUCUCGGGAAGAGGCCGCGGCACGGCAGGAGAAGAGGAUCCAAGAGCUGGAGCUGGAGAACCGCAAGCUGAAAGGCCUGCUCCGGAACUUGGAAGAACAGAACGACUUCUUGUCCAUCAGGAAUGGAGCAGGAGGAACAGCACCGGUCAGAAUGGUGCUGGGAACGGGACCCAACCCCUUUGAUGUUAAAGAGAGCAAUAUUCAGUUCCUCAAAAGCCUGGUGGGAAUGCUGGAGAAUGUCACAGCUACACAGGUCAGCGGUCUCCACUCACCAUCCUCUCCAGAAGUUCAGAGGCGUACUCCAGUUCCUAACCCAAAUAUCUCCCCAGAUUGGAGGACCCGAAACACAGUGCCAAGUAGGUUAUCGCCCUGGAUAAAUGCAGAAGACGGAUCAAGAAGUCCCAUUGGGCUCAAUGACACUGCCAGCUUGUGGGACAACAAUAUACAAGAGAGACUAUCCGAUGGGACCCCAGUAUGGGCAUCACCAGUGGAGGAGAACGGCAGAGGCAAGCUGGAACUGGUCCCCAACUCACGAGUCUACAUCAGCCACCACCAGCUGGAGGACCUGUCCCAGGUCUCCACCGACAAACCUGAGUUGAUGACCCGACGUCUGCUGGAUUACUUCUUCUCUCGAGAAACUCUUGCCCGAUCUUCAGCCACUGGACAGCGCAUCGCCCACAACAACCUGACCAUGGAGAAGCCUAUUCCCCUUCCGGUUGCUGUGGUAAAUGCUAUAAAAGAGUAUGUCACCAAAACAUGUGGCAGAAGCUGCAAUUUCAACGCCGUAAUCAACAGCAAAUGUGGGACCUCCCGAAGGGCAGUUAAGAAAAUGAUUGCCCCUGACAAUGAAAUUGGAUUGAACGGAGCUACAGCCAAGACUUUCCAGGAACCCCUCAGAGGGUAGCAGAAGGGUGCAUUUGCAGGACAGAGACCAAGAUGGCAUGGAUUUGGAUCCCCUCUUAUGCAGUAAUACAGGAAGAUGUAGGAAAUCGCUGAUGAAGAGUGUCUUAAAGAUCCAGCAGGUGGAGAUGGAAUUCAUCAUCUUAGGAGACCUUUGAAUAGAUGGGCCAAAAGAUGAGGUAGAUUUCCCUGUGGCAGGGUUUUUUGUGUAUGGGGGGAGGGAGGGAUAGUGACUCCCAGAUAUUUUUGAGAGAAGCAGCUGUCCGGGCUGACAAAGGCACUACAAAGCCUUCUGUUUUCCCUACUCUAGUACCUGGGAUUUGUUUAAAGCCCAAAAUGUACUAUCUUCUACAUGCCCAUACAUUAUGCAGGUGUGGGCAACCCACAGCCCUCUAGAUAUUUGGGCCUACAAGUCCCAUCACUCCUAGUCAGCAUAGGUGAGGGAUGAUGGGAGCUAUAGGCCAAAAGCUCUGAAGGGCCAUCAGUUGUCCACCCUUAAGUUAUGGCCUCUCCCCUUAACCCCAAAAUGGCCCCACCACACUCCCAGAUACAUUUUUUCCCAAUUUACUAGGGUUUCAUACCAAAAUUUACCAUCAGCUGCAGGCUGUUUGAUCCUCCUAAAGCGAAAAAAAGCGAAACCUCACAAGAGAUGGCAAAAACCAAGAGGUAGAAAAAAAGUGGGUUUUUUUUAAUGCAAUAAAAAGAACUCCAACGCGUUUUGAACCCUUAGGUCCUUCUUCAGAGUAAUUUGUUAAAAUGUCAGGGAUACUGUCUGCUUCAUAACCGUUUCCUACAUAGCAGAGGAGACUGGGGAUUAUGAAGCAGACGGUAUCCUGUACAUUCUAACAAAUGACCCUGAGGAAGGACCGAAGAGUUUAAUCCUCCUAGCCUUGUAAUGGGGCCCAUGAAACUCUUAAUCACUAUUACUUAGGGCUUACUCCCAGGUGAAGAGCCUCGUGUGGUGCAGAGUGGUAAGCAGCAGUUACUGCAGCCGAAACUCUCCCCACGGCCUGAGUUCAAUCCCAGCGGAAGCUGGUUCUCAGGUGGUCGACUCAGCCUUCCAUCCUUCCAAGGUCGGUAAAAUGAGUACCCAGCUAGCUGGGGGAAAGGUAACUGGGACUAGGGAAGGCAAUGGCAAACCACCCCGCUACAAAGUCUGCCAAGAAAACGUCAGCGAAAGCAGGCUUCCCUCUAGGGGUCAGCAAUGACUCAAGUGCUUGCAUGAGACGUUCCUUUCCUUUUCCUACUCCCAGGUAUGUGUGCACAGGAUUGCAGCCCAAGACAGGUACCCAUCAUAAGCCAGCCAGUGGGGAUUUGAACUCCCACCCAUUCUCUCUAACAAAGAGCUCUAUACAGACAUCAGCGGUACUAUGUGUUACUGAUGGAAGAAC